AUGAUGUGUAUGGGUUCCGCUUUACCGCCGCUGGACGGCCUGAACAGCACCGAGAACGGAACUGACACCGGGAACGGCACCGCGGCCCGGUUCGUGGCUACAGCCGAGGGGACAGCGCUGGCGUACGGCAGUCUGGUGCUCAUGGCCCUGCUGCCCAUCUUCUUCGGAGCUCUGAGAUCCGUCAGCACCUCCAAGAGCAAGAACUCCUCAGACAUGCCGGAGACCAUCACUAGCAGAGACGCUGCUCGUUUCCCCAUCAUCGCCAGCUGCACUCUGUUCGGACUCUAUCUUUUCUUCAAGAUUUUCUCCCAAGAAUACAUCAACUUACUGUUGUCUAUGUACUUCUUCGUUCUGGGGAUCUUAGCUCUGUCACACACACUGAGUCCCUUCAUGACCCGGUUUCUUCCUGCCCAUCUUCCUAAUAAACAGUUCCAGCUGCUCUUCACUCAAGGCUCCGGAGACAACAAAGAAGAAAUUGUGAACUACGAGUUUGACACUAAGGACCUGAUUAGUUUGGGAAUCAGCAGCGUGGUGGGAGUGUGGUACAUCCUGAAAAAGCACUGGGUGGCCAAUAAUCUGUUCGGGUUGGCGUUCGCUCUGAACGGAGUGGAGCUGCUUCACCUGAACAACGUGAGCACCGGCUGUAUCCUGCUGGGUGGACUGUUCAUCUACGACAUCUUCUGGGUGUUUGGCACUAACGUGAUGGUGACCGUGGCCAAGUCCUUCGAAGCUCCGAUCAAGUUGGUUUUCCCUCAGGACCUGCUGGAGAGAGGACUGGAUGCCAGUAACUUUGCCAUGCUGGGACUCGGAGACAUUGUUAUUCCAGGAAUCUUCAUUGCUCUGCUGCUUCGUUUCGAUGUCAGUUUGAAGAAGAACACAAGGACAUAUUUCUACACCAGCUUCCUGGCCUACAUCUUCGGCCUCGGCCUCACCAUCUUCGUCAUGCACACAUUCAAGCAUGCUCAGCCUGCUUUGCUGUACCUGGUCCCGGCGUGUGUGGGCUUCCCGGUGAUCGUGGCUCUGUUGAAAGGAGAGCUGACAGAGAUGUUCAGGUAUGAAGAGACUUCCCCCGAGUCAGAGGCAGCAGUUAAAGAAGAAAAAACAGAAUCUGAUAAAGAUAAAUAAAACUCAAGGAAAGCGUCACAUCCCCUUCGUCAUGUCCCCGCCUUUUUCUACCAUGUAUUUCCUGGUUCCACCACUAGAGGGCAGCAGUCACCCCCACCCCUUUUCCCAGUGUGUCCCGGUGUUCUCUGUGGACGUUCUCUAACUGAUUAAAAGACGGCUGCAUUGUUUUUCUUUGUAGUUUCUAAAUGGUUGUAAAACAUGAUGUACAACAGCUUUACUCUGUGCCUGUAUUCCUCUUUAUUUCUCUCUCUCUCUCUCACUCUGUGUUGAGUUUAUUUGCUUUCAUUUGGUUGAAAUGAUUUGGAAUUUAUUUUAUUGGACAUUUCUCAAUAGGAUUUGACAGUGCAGUGCAGGAGUGUAGUUUAGUCGCAUAUUUGAGUUUUAAAGCAGCAGUGUAAAAUCUGCAGCGUCUCUUUACCCCAGACGUCUUCGCUCAGUCGAGACGUGUUCAGUGUCUGAUGUUUACUGAUCUGACCGGUGAUGGAAGUCUGUAUGACCCAGAAUCUUCAGUUUAGAGGACAUCACAGAGCUCUUCUGUGUCAUAUUUAAUGAGUUCAGCUUUAAAAUCAUAUUGAGUUUUCGUCAGUUUUUCAAAUCUGGGGGCGGGGCUUGUCCAUAAGGUGCAAUGUUCCAUACAGUGAGGUUUUAUUCCAUCAGCGUGUGUGUGUAUAAAGUUUUGCUGAAGAUUUUUCUAUUAAUCAAUUUCAAGAGCAGAAGAACAUCUCUGAUCGAAUACGUAUGACUUCAACACAGUUUAAUGUCUGGAUUUUUAGAAGCGGUGAGUUUCUGUGUGUUUGAUGACUGAUCCACACUUUAACUGCAGAUUUCAGUAGAUCACCUGCACAGGGACCAACAUUUACAGCCUUUAGGAAAGAAAAUAAAAGUUCUUCCUGCUGGUGAUUCAUUUCAACAAUAAAAUUCAACCUGCAGCAGAUAAACAGUUGUCGGACCCUGGAGGUGUCUGAUCCCAAGCAGUCCCUGAUUGUGACAGAUGGAUGAAGUGCUGAGGAGCCGUGAGAUCAGAUCUCUGGGGCUCAGUAAAGUGACAUUGUUCCACUCGUUUCCUGUAAGGUUUCUUCUUCUCCUGUUUUUGUGCCACUGCAAGUUAAGAGUUCGAGCUUCUUUGAGGAGCAUAAAGUCUUUCUCAUUUUUUUUCUGCAAUAAAUUGUGGUUUUUACCGCUGUAGAGAUGCA